UAGGGCUACCGCCUAUAAGAUAAUACAGCAAGGCUCCGUGCAGAAGUAGAAAGCAAAAGGUGUCGUUUCAUUUUGGCUUAAUGGUAACAAAAAUGGCGCAGUCAAACGUAGUUUCAGCGAGCCGUGGACAUGACUGUUUGCGAUCAUAUGCCUGCUAAAAUCGCAAUCGUAGUUUUAACCGAUCACGAUGGCGGCUCAGCUCUCGCUUUCCGUGCAACUCUUACAGGAGCGGGCGCUGGGAUUGUCCUGGUGAGCCUGAUGGUCGUCCUAGGCAUGCACUUCGACAAGUAUCUGGGUGCAGCCAGCGGCGUCCGGGACGCGGGAACCACAGUGUGCGCCUUCGCGUUUCCCUCGCUGCUCUCCUUUCUGAGCGAGAAGUACGGCCUUCGCGGAACCCUCUUCAUUUACAGCGCACUGGCCAUGCACGUCAUGGCUGUGGCGUUUUGGCUUUGGAUGCGAGCGCGAGUGGAAAAAAAGAAUGAAGCUUAUCGAAGGGCAUCGUGCAAGUUCGCCGCUCGUCAAUCGUGCAUUUCACAAUGGACUCUCGGUACUCAUCGAGCGGACUCCGUAACUUCUGCGAGUGACAUUCAUAAAGACAAAGGCGUUGCAGCUCCAAAGCACAGUCUGGAACGAGCAAUUCUACCACCCUACACGCUACCACCGACAAUUCUUGAAGACAUAGAGGAUGAAGAAGAGCCAAUGCCUUUCCUUGAAAAAUUUUCUAUCUUGAAGGCGCCAAGCUUCUACGUAGUCGUGAUCGGCGCAGUGGUCGAGAUAUACGGCUACAACGCCUUCCUAGAGACAAUCAACAGCUACGCAGUUGAUAAGGGGGCUCCACAGUCUGACGCCGACAUGGCGGUUACCUAUGCCACCGUGCUGGAAGUUAUUGGCUACGUCGCGCUUCCCCUCGUAGCCGACAUGGGCUUCGUGGGCCGCCCGACCAUGGCAGCCACGUGCUUUGCGCUCACGGCGCUCUUCUACGGUAUGGUGCCGCACGCCGGGUGGUCGGUGCCGUACUUGGCCGUUGACGCCAUCCUCGUGAUGUUCGUAGCCACGAUAAGCUCGCUACGCUGCUCGAUAAUGACGGAGUUCUUCGGUGCCGACCAAGUUCCGGUGUGCAUGGCAGCGUCUGGCUUGCUUCUUAUCCCUGUGCAACUGUGCAGCCCAUCAGUCAUUGGGUACUUCCGUGAUGAUCUGGGCUCGUACGACGGCAUGUACCAGCUUCUAGCAGCACUCAAUCUCCUAGCGGCCUUGCUAUACGCACCGCUAGCCAUACACGCGUCAUGCAAGAAGGAAACGGCCGACGACGAGACGCCGCAGAAGGAAAUUGAAUCGACAAGAAUGUAGUAUACGCAGCUAGAAGAAAAGACAAGAAACGCAAGGUGCUUUACGUGGGCCCUACGAAGGCGUUGAAGUUCUAUCGCUAAGUACGCGUGACCAAUUGGCUUCCGUGGCAGACAUAUGCAUCAACUGCUACUGUAGCACAAUGUUGCUAAUUCAUGAUGACGUGCACGAGCAAACAGCAACAGCAGCUUAAGAUGCACUAAUUAUGUUGGUUGUCUAAUUUUUAGCAUGCGCGUCGUAAUUAAUCUUCAUUCAGAGUUCGCGCACAUAAUCCAGUUUUGGGGAUGCAUACCACCGUUGACUCUAGACUAGCGCCAGGGGUGGCACGACCAAGCACUAAUGCUAGGAGCCUAAUGUUUGCCAUUUUAAAGCGAAAGCUUUACUAACCUAGUCGAGCCGAGUUUCACCGUCACCAGCAAUUUGACCUUCAUUUGACCCCCAGCUGCGCCGUAGACUUGGCAACGCAUCGCGUGACUCGCCAAGCCGAGCUCCGCCGCCGCCGGCUUGGCGCACGCGCUCUGCACGCAACCCUACGCUAAGAGGAGCGCCGCGCUCGCCUAGUCAGUGCGAGCUUGGCCAUGGAUGAGGGCAAGGCCAGGCCAUCUUCUCUGGGCAUUGCGCGGGAGCAGGAGGCUUUGAGCCGACCUCACCACGCGGCAUCUGACAACCCCGCGGAUAUCGACCGGCGAGCUGCCUCACUGGAAUGCUUCACUGGAAUGCAACAGGCG